AUGUGGUUGGCCCGGCCAGGGCUGACCGUCGAGGAGCUCGGACUCGAAAGACUCGAUUUGUAUGGCUUCUUCUCCGUGCGCAUUCUUUCCGGCUUGGUCCGGGUGGGUUGGGUCGCGGACGAGGCCUCUGCAGAUGCUGUGGGAACCGACGAGACCAGCUUUGGCUUCGGAGGGACAGGGAAGACACCGAGCUGCAGCAUGAGGAAAUCCCACGCCAAUGUGUUCGACUCCUUCGGUGACACUUUCGGAAGUGGCGAUGUGAUCGAGUCGCGUCUGGACCGCCGGCAGGGACUUCAGAUUUCUUUUGCCCGAAACGGCAGCGACCUUGGUUUGGCCUUCGAUUUCAAGGCCGACCCACCACAGUUGGCAGACACAUCACUGAUUCCUGCCGUUUGUGGCAAGGGCUUCCAAGUGGAGUUUUGCUCGGCGGAUCCUCUUCUAAAGCCAAGUCUGCAGUGCAAGUCGGAGGAGAUGUCCACAAUGCUUCACUACUAUGCCCUCCGCUGCACCGCCCAGAAGAAAGCCAUGGCGGCAGGCAAAGAGCAACAGGCAGCGGUACAGACCAAGGCCAAGUCCAAGCCUUGCCCCGAAAAUUCCGAGGGAAUGCUGCGCAGCUUCUUCGCGAAAGAGAAGGCCCAAGCUGCGACCCAAGUCACGGAGCAAGGAGUGGAAAGCUGGCUGCGCUCCUGCCUGGGCGCGGACACCGCGAAGGGAGCUCGCAUGCAGGCUGAUACCCACAAGAUCCGAAAGGUCGAGCGAAGCAAGGAGCUGCCCUCCGGUGCAACCUUCACCAUCAUCGACUCCCAGCCGGCCAGCAGGGCCAAUGCAGACCGGGCCUUCUCUCAGAACUUGGCCCUCUGGGAGUCCCUGCCACGGGGCCACGCGGAGGUCCGCACGGAGACCGGCCGUCUGCUCUGUGAGCUCGCGGCCAUGCGGAAGUUCGGGAGUUCCGAGGAGAAGUUUGGGCCCCUGGCCCGGGAGGGGAACGGCGCGCGCCGCUGCGCCCUCUCCGUUCUUCCGAAGGCCUUGAGGAGCGUUGAGGCCGCUGAGGCGCCAAACAGCCUGAGCCUGGCCAUGGUCUUCACCACGAAGGAGAACGGGGAGAUGUGCAAGGCCUCCUUCUUCUUUCACGGCCAGGGCGAGGGAAGGCCCUACCUGGCCUUGGGAUCCAAGAACGUCACCCUGGUGGUCGUGGCUACGCAGGAGGUCGAGGCUUUGGCAGACCUGAGAACCUACACGGAGGAUCGGUACCAGUUCGCUGUGGAGAUGGCCGAGGUCUUCCUUGCCCAGAUCUUCCAGCUGAGUGAGAGGCAGAGGACCACCAUGAUGCGCUUCGUAGCUGAGCACUCCGCCACGCUUUGUGGAGAAUCCAUAUCCCCGGUGCACCAGCACAUCCAAAGCUACCACGACGGUCAAGGGCAGAUUCAGGCGCACAUCCGCUUCUUCGCCAUGACUGCUCCCAGCUCCUUCCAGACCUCCGGCCUGACUCUGCUAGAGCCGCAGCAGGCGGCUCGCCUCUUCGGUGACUGGGGGCUCCAGCCUGUGGAAGAUGUGGAGGAAGCCCUGGUCAGCGACGCCCGAGCUGUGGAAGAGCUUGAGCGGAAGUACUUGCUCCUCCCGAACCGGGAAGGUGCAGUGGUUUACGUGGUCGUGCGGUCUCUCAGCCCUUCCGGCACCCAACUGGCGCGAACUGCCCUGGUCUACAAGUGGAAGAAUGCUUGGUAUGUUACGGUUCGGGCCCUCCGGGAGAAGUUCUGCAGGAGAGCCUCCGAAUCGCGCAUCCGCAGCCGUAUCCGACUUCUUCAUGUCCACCACCCAGAUGAGAACAAGAUCUUAGAGGACUACCUCUCUUUCUACCGCUGGGUGCUGCUCCUGCUUCCGCCGAAGGGCUUUGCGGAGAUCUUGCCUUCCUUCUGGGUGGACCUCAAAGCCGCACACGAUCUCUUCCCUGAGAGCCGCUGGGUCAGGGCACUGCCCGAAAGCCUCACUGCAAGCUUUCCCGCUGGCUGGCUGGCCUCCUUCCCGGAGCUCUACUCCUUCCUGCGGGCCGAAUUGCCCCUGGAGCAGUGGGUGCCGGCGCUGUGUCGCCAUCGGCCUUCCCUGGAAACCGAGGCACCGGACGUCUGGCUGCAGAAGGUCCUCGAGCAGCUCCCCUCCUCCUUGGGAUCUUUUUCGAAAGCGAGCGAUGUCAGAGCCGAGGACGAGGACGUGGCCCUGGUGGUGGUCCUCGUCCGGGGCCUCCAGGGAAGUGGGAAGUCCAGCCUUUGCAGGGGCAUGAGGGAACUCCUGGGCGGCGAUUGGGUGAACCAGGACGAGGUGGCUGCGGCCAUGGGAAGAAAGGGGAGGUCUCCGAAAGAAGAGUUCCUGAAGGUGCUCACUGCGGCGGCAGCUCGACCGAACAUGCGCUACCUCUUCGUAGACAAGAUCCACACGCUGAAGCAGCACCGGGACGAAGUGGCGGGGGCCGUCUGCCAAGGUUUUCUUCAGCGCUCAACUCAAGAGGGGCGGAUGGUGCUGGCUUUGUUAAAUCUCUGCCACCCUGAAGAUGAGGAAGGCGAGUUUUCCCACGCCGCAGAGGUGUGCACGGCUCGGAUCUCGGGCAGGGGUUUAUCCCACCUCUCGCUGGUUCCACAAGCCACAGAUGCGACUGCAGUGGUCUUGUCUGCGGGGGAGAGCGCUGAAGUCUUAACGGAUGAGGAGAAGUGCCAGUUCGACGUGUAUGCGGAUCUUGACAUGAGCCUCCCACAGCAGGCUUUGCUUCAGAGUGCUUUGAGCAAGCUCUACGACGCAGGGCUCCUGUCGGAAGAGUCUUUCACUGAAGACCGUUACCGGCACGCGGUGGAGGCAGCAAAGGCACAUGAGGUGGAUCUCUCAAAGAGAUGGAAGACUCUUUACUGGAUGGUGGCACUAGACUGGCAAAGCAUCUUGUGGGAGAAGGAGGAGGGACCUUUCCUGGAAGUGCUAGCAAAAGCAAUGCAGGCGAUCCAAACAGCGCAUGCACCCAGCUUACAGCCAAUCGCUGAUCCUCACGUCACCUUGCUCUGGGCACCCGAACUUGGCCGGGAGACUUCACAAGCUCAGGAAGAGCUCGAGAGGAUGGAAGGCCAUGAGGUGCAGGUCACCGUGCACGCAUUGUGUUGGGAUGAGGGCCUCGGGCUCAUUGCGCUCAGGGUGUCGUUAGACUCGACUUGCGCGCACCUCUGCCAGAAUCUUCAUCCGCACAUCACUGUAGCAAGACUCCCUGGGGUGGCAGCGAAGCUUUCCAAUGACAUGCUCAAGCGGCAAGAAGAAGGAGACGCUUCAGUAAAGCAAGUCUCCCUGCAGCCCUUCACAGUGACGGGGCUUGUGCAACGGCAACUUUCAGCCGAGUCCCUUGCUUCUGCGGCGGCUUCGGCAGGCGCCCUGCCGGAGGGCAAUCCCGUUUGCGACUUCGGUCUGGCUGCGACCGGGGAGUCUGUCGACAUCUGGGCGACCUACGAUGCGUCAGUGCGCUUCCGGAAGAUUUCCCGUGCUCUGAGCACCUUGAUCUGUCCAGUCUCCGAGCCCUUGCUACACUGCAAGGGCUGGCCGCCCAAGCUGCGUGGAAAGAUGUGGCUCACGUUCCACGAGAGGCCCCUCAGCAGCCAGAGCAUGCGAGCUUUGGAGCAGCUGCAAAAGCAGAACUUGUUUCAAACACUGCACGCCGCGGUGGCAUACUUCCAAAUCUCCGAAGACUUCUUGCAGAAGCCUCUGGCAGAUAUGCAGCAAGAACUUGCCCAGCGGCUCUCCGGGCGCGGUGCAGAGGCCCUGGAGCACAGCCUGCAGGCUCUGGCCACCUGGCAGGGCCUCUCCUUGGAGAAGCCCAGUUUCUACGUCCAGUGCAAGGCGGCUGGGUCCCAGGAGCAGACCGUGAGGCUCCGGCAGGCUAUGGCUGGCGCCCUUGCAGGCCUCGUGCAGUGGUCUCCAGAUUUGAAAGCCGCCGUGACCCUGUCCGUCCAGACCCGAGACGACUGGAUCUUGCUGGGCUUGGUUUUGUCCGGAUCCCGGGCCCGAGCUGGAAAGGCCGAAGCCCCGAAAGACACGAAGGAGGCGGAGGCGACGGCCGCAAAGGAGGCAAAGGCCUCCAGACCCAAUCUGUACCUGACCUCAGAGAUUAAGCCCAUCGAGCCUCCUGCCACGAGCGGCGGCUUGGACUUGGACGGUUCCCACCUGGAAGGGGGCGGACAGCUGCUUCGCAACGCCGUGGCGUACGCUGCCGUGCUGAAGAGAGAAGUGCGAGUUCGCAACGUGAGGUCGGGCAGGUCGCCCCCGGGCCUGAGACCUUCACAUCUGGCUGCGGUAGAGGGUGUCAGCCGACUGGCGGGGGGCUUCUGUGAGGGACUGGCAGCAGGCAGCACGGCUUUCCGUUAUGUCACGGAGCAAGGCAACGACAUCACCGAUCUUGUGGUGGAUGCCGGCACUGGGGGCUCCACAAUGCUGAUGCUACAGGCUCUCUUGCCGGUGAUGCUGGCUAAAUCUGGCAUGCUCAAGUCCACAGUGCAGGUUACCCUACAAGGGGGUACCAAUGUAUGCUCACCCAAGGAUGGGAAAGUGACUGCUCCCCAAGUUGAGUACAUGCAGCUUGUAUUGUUUCCCAUGCUGCGACUCCUCUUGGGCGUGAAUCUGGAAAUGGAUGUCCACAAGAAGGGCUUCCUUGGUGGAGGCGGUGAAGUCGUUGUCCGCGCUUCCGCCCCUUGCUGGCCGCUUCCGUGCUUCGAGCUUCUGGACUGCGGCGCCGUCCGAAGUGUUUCUGCUGCGGUGUACAGCUCUGUGGGGGUUCCUCGCCAUGUACUGGGCCGCAUGGUCGAGGGAAACUUGAAGAAGCGCCCAGCUGGCGCUAGCAUCCUGCUCAAGGAGCGUCUCCCUGAUGCACAGGUGCGGUUGAACUCGCAGGAAUGCCCCUCCAAUGGUGGUGAUGCCUGUGGCCUCGUGGUGGCUGUGGAGACAGAGCACAGCAUUUUCGGAGGCGACUCGAUGGGAAGGAGGGGGGCCUCCGCAGAGAGCGUGGGCGAGGAAGCCGUUCGGAAGGCCUUGGAUGCCCUGGGCGGCGGAGGCUGCACCGACGAGCAUCUCGAGGACCAGCUGGUGAUUUUCAUGGCAUUGGCAAAGGGCCGCUCGCGGCUCCGACUGGGGAGAGCGACGCGAUGCUUGCACCUCCAGACUGCAAUCUGGUUGGCUCAGCAGUUUGGUGCUUCAGUGCAACUUGUACAGGAUGAAGCCAACCCCAUCUUGGAGAUUUGCGGUGUGGGAGGGGCGUCCCAGCCUUACUGA